ACCUCCUUUGGGACAGCUGCUCUGAGAGAAUGCAGUAAGAAGGAGCAGGCAAAGUGCUCUCAGCUGAGGGUGACUUGUGGGAGGAGUUCAGUUUCUAAGUGUUGUCAUUUACUGAAGGAAGGUGUGUGCACAAGGAGUUUUUACCUGGAGGAUCAUUAACUCUUUCAGUCAGCUGACAACGGCAGAGCCUCAGCAAGUUCGUCCUGAAAGCGGCUCCUCUGGGAAGGUCAGGGAGGAGGAGUGGGAUCACUUUUUCAUGGGGGACCACUUUGAGAAGAGCCAGCAUGCUUUGCUCAAUGAAGGAGAAGAAAAUGAGAUGGAGAUAUUUGGCUACCGGACUCACAGCUGCCGGAAAACCCUCUGCCUUGCUGGAUCCAUCUUCUCAUUUGGGAUCCUCCCCUUGGUGUUUUACUGGAGACCCGCUUGGCAUGUGUGGGCAAACUGCAUCCCGUGUUCCUUGCAAGAAGCAGAUGUCGUGUUGCUGAGGACAACAGAUGAAUUCCAAACUUAUUCUUGGAAAAAGGUAAUGUGGAUCUACCUGUCAACAUUAAACAGCUCAUUUGGUCUGACUCCCGACCACCCUCUCAUUACAGAUGAGGAGGAUAUCAUAAAUAGAGCCAUAAGAAAGCCAGACCUAAAGGUGAGAUGCAUAAAAGUGCAGAAAAUAAGAUAUGUCUGGAACAAUUUAGAAGGACAGUUCCAGAAAAUUGGUUCUUUGGAAGACUGGCUCAGUUCUGCCAAGAUACAUCUAAAAUUUGGAUCAGGUCUGACCAAAGAAGAACAAGAGAUUAGGAGGCUAAUAUGUGGGCCUAAUACUGUUGAUGUUGAAAUCACGCCAAUUUGGAAACUGCUCAUCAAGGAGGUUUUAAAUCCAUUUUACAUAUUCCAACUCUUCAGUGUCUGUCUGUGGUUUAGUGAAGACUAUAAGGAAUAUGCCUGUGCUAUCAUAAUCAUGUCCAUCGUUUCCAUAGCUUUGACAGUAUAUGAUCUCAGAGAGCAAUCUGUAAAACUCCAUGGUCUAGUUGAGUCACAUAAUAGCAUUACAGUCUCUGUAUGUGGGAGAAAAGCUGGUGUCCAAGAGCUGGAAUCACGCUUCCUGGUCCCUGGAGAUCUAUUAAUUUUGUCAGGGAACAAGGUGCAGAUGCCAUGUGAUGCUGUUCUGAUUGAUGGCAGUUGUGUGGUGGAUGAAGGCAUGCUGACAGGAGAAAGUAUUCCAGUCACUAAAACUCCAUUACCCAAGAUGGAUAGCUCUGUGCCCUGGAAAACACAGAGUGAAGCGGAUUACAAACAGCACGUCCUCUUCUGUGGAACAGAGGUUAUCCAGUCCAGGGGAGCUUGCUCCGGACCCGCGAGAGCGGUGGUACUGCAGACUGGAUUCAACACUGCAAAGGGGGACCUCGUGAGAUCCAUUCUCUAUCCGAAGCCGAUGAAUUUCAAGCUGUACAGGGAUGCCAUCAGGUUCCUCCUGUGCCUCGUAGGGAUAGCCACCAUCGGGAUGAUCUACACUUUGUGUGUCUACGUGCUCAGUGGGGAACGUCCGGAGGAGGUGGUGAGGAAAGCCCUGGACGUCAUCACAAUUGCAGUUCCACCGGCUCUGCCGGCUGCCCUGACUGCAGGCAUUAUCUAUGCCCAGAGGAGGCUGAAGAAGAGAGGCAUCUUUUGCAUCAGCCCCCAGAGGAUCAACAUAUGUGGACAAUUAAACCUUGUCUGCUUUGACAAGACAGGCACCUUAACAAGGGAUGGCUUGGAUCUCUGGGGAGUGGUGCCCUGCGAUAAGAACGGUUUCCAGGAGGUCCACAGCUUUGCCUCAGGCAGGGCUUUGCCAUGGGGCCCACUGUGUGCCGCCAUGGCUAGCUGCCAUUCUCUGAUACUUCUCAAUGGGACCAUCCAGGGAGACCCUCUGGACCUCAAAAUGUUUGAAGCCACCACCUGGGAAAUGUCUAUAUCUGGGGAAGAUUUCAACAUCAAGGGAGUGCCAGCACAUGCCAUGGUAAUUAAGCCCUGCAAAACAGCCAGCCAGGUCCCCGUGGCAGGAAUUGCCAUCCUGCAUCAGUUCCCAUUCUCAUCAGCACUGCAGAGGAUGACAGUCAUUGUACAGGAGCUGGGGGGUGACCAACUGGCAUUCAUGAAAGGUGCCCCAGAGAAAGUGGCCAGCUUUUGCCAACCUGAGACAGUACCAACCAGUUUUGUUAGUGAACUUCAGAUUUACACGACCCAGGGCUUCCGGGUCAUAGCAAUGGCCUACAAAAAGCUGGAAAUGGACCACCACACCACUGCCUUGACGAGGGACAAUGUAGAAUCAGAUCUGAUAUUUCUGGGAUUGCUGAUCUUGGAGAAUCAACUGAAGGAAGAAACAAAACCUGUUCUGGAAGAGCUCAUCUCAGCCCGGAUAAGGACAGUAAUGAUCACAGGUGACAAUCUUCAGACUGCAAUAACAGUGGCCAGAAAGUCUGGAAUGGUUUCUGAAGACCAGAAAGUCAUUCUUAUUGAAACGAAUGAAACCACUGGGUCCUCAUCAGCAUCUAUAUCUUGGAAAUUAGUGGAAGAGAAGAAACACAUUGCGUAUGGGAAUCAGGACAAUUACAUUAAUAUCUGGGAAGAAGUCUCUGAUAAUAGCAGAGAAGGAAGUUACCAUUUUGCCCUAAGUGGAAAAUCCUUUCAGGUUAUAAGUCAACAUUUCAGCAGCCUACUGCCAAAGAUACUGAUGAAUGGGACCAUAUUUGCAAGAAUGUCUCCUGGGCAGAAAUCCAGUCUGGUGGAAGAAUUCCAGAAACUGGAUUACUUUGUAGGUAUGUGCGGUGAUGGAGCCAAUGACUGUGGGGCUUUGAAAAUGGCUCAUGUGGGCAUCUCUUUAUCAGAGCAGGAAGCAUCUGUGGCCUCACCUUUCACGUCUAAAACUCCAAACAUUGAGUGUGUACCUCACCUUAUCAAGGAAGGACGUGCAGCUCUCGUUACCUCAUUCUGCAUGUUCAAGUACAUGGCUCUGUAUAGCAUGAUUCAAUAUGUCGGUGUUCUGCUGCUCUACUGGGAGACCAACAGCCUAUCAAAUUACCAGUUUUUGUUCCAGGAUCUGGCCAUUACAACUCUUAUUGGUGUAACAAUGAAUUUGAAUGGUGCCUACCCCAAACUGGUGCCUUUCAGACCUGCAGGACGGCUGAUCUCCCCACCUUUGCUGCUCUCUGUGAUUUUCAACAUUGGUUUCAGCCUGGCCAUGCACAUUGUGGGCUUCAUUCUGGUUCAGAGGCAGACUUGGUAUUCCAUGGAUAUACACAGUGCCUGCACAGGGCAAAAUGAAAGCAUCUCCAAAUUAACCACUCCACCUAUUCCAGAGAACGUUGGAAGUAAUGACACCUUCAGAAGUUUUGAGAACACUACAAUAUGGUUCCUGGGAACAAUAAACUGUAUCAUUGUGGCUCUUAUAUUCUCUAAAGGAAAGCCAUUUAGGCAGCCGACCUAUAAAAACUAUAUAUUUGUCCUUGUGCUGGUCAUACAGCUGGCUGUGUGUCUAUUCAUUCUAUUUGCUGAUAUUCCAGAUUUAUAUAGGCGUUUUGAUUUGCUCUGCACUCCUGUUCUCUGGAGGGUCUGCAUUGUCAUUAUGCUCAGCUGCAAUUUCAUUGUGUCCUUUGUUGUGGAGGAGGCCAUUAUUGAAAACCGAGCCCUGUGGAUGAUAAUCAAAAGGUGUUUUGGCUAUCGAUCAAAAAGCCAGUAUCGGAUAUGGCAGAGGGCCUUGGCAAAUGACCCCAGCUGGCCCCCACUAAACCAAGUCUCCUCCUCUGACCUGCCAGGGUGUGGCCGGGGAGUGUCUUACAGCAAUCCGGUGUUUGAGAGCAAUGAAGAACAACUUUGAAGGCAAUGGGAUGUCCACGUUGAUAAACAGAAACAAUGACAAAAGGGACCAGUUUCAGUGAUUUUUAAGCAACGAGACUAUCAACAGGAGUUUUUGGAAUCAAAAACCUAUUCAAUCAUGGUGACGAAACUUUCUGCAGAGCAGAACACUGCCCCAGUAGAGUGCUUUCCUGUUGGCUUCUGUAAGUUUUCGAGGUGUUCAGUGAACCAAGAGUGGGCCAAGGAUGGCAAUGGGCCAAGAGACAGAAGGCUAAAGAAGAUGUACUCCUUCUUCUUAAAUAAUAUAUUUUUUAAAUGAGUUGAGGGAAGGUGGUACUAUGUAUAGUCAUAGAACUGUAACAUGUUAAAGAUCAUUUUUGAAUUCUUAGUUCAUUAAUAGAAAAACAAAUGUGUGGGAACCAUCACACCAAUCUUCACUGUCUAGUUUCCUUUCCUUUGUAGUACUUUCCAGAUUUGAGACCUUUCCUUCGACUUCUGGCCUUCCUCUGUGUAUUAGUAAGGAUAGGCUAAGCCAAUGCUGCAGUAACAAACAACUCCCGUAUCUCAGUGGCUGAAUGCACAAGAAAUUUCUUGGUCCAGAUGACUCUAGAAUAGCUCUCCUCAGAGUGGUGACUGCUUCAAUCUGAUGACUCCACCCACUCAACAGAAGGACUCUAUGUUUACUAUGAUAGGGGAAAGAAGAGACUGGAGAUCACACAAGGUUCUUCAGUGCUUCACUUCAAAAGUGGCACACAUCCGAGAGCGGCCGUGAGCUGCUGUGAGCGGCCAACCGAUGACCAGAGACCAACUGUCUCAGCCCGCGGGGAGCGCAAGGCUCAUAAUACCAGCAUGGGCCUGGGAGCUGUGUCCUACACAACUGGACUGAGAAAUAGCAGCUUGAACCGGAGUGGGGGGAGGGGAGGCAGAAGAAAGGGGGAAAAAAGAAGUGCCACACAUCUCUUCUACCACUUACAUCUCAUUAACCAGGGAUUGGCAAAAAAAUUGGGGAGUACAGUCUCCUGUAUUUAGGGCUGGCUUCAUGGGCAUAUGACCUGUGCAGUCACACAGGACCCAUGCUUCAAAGCUCCCCACACUUGUUUUAACGCUCUGCUGUUGCCAUCCUGAAAUUCUUAAUUUUUGAAUAAAGGUUCCUACAUUUUCAUUUUGCACUGGGCCCCACAAAUUAUGUAGUUGGUCCAGCCUGUAGUCCUGUAGAGUUUACUCUCUGCUAAACUCUACAUCUCGUGACCCUGUGACUUUCUCCUGUGUUUUCAGAACCCCUCAUUUCACAUGCUAACUCCAGGAAUUUUUCACUUCUCUGCUCUAUUAUUUUUUAGAAAAGUUACUUGUGCUACAACAUAAUAUGUUAUAAUUGACAUAUGUCCUCAUACAACCUAGACAUUUCUUAAGUUUGAGGUUUCAGUUUUCAGAAAACAAAAAUUUCCUUCAUUUUAUCACUAUUACACUUAAGUUAUAUUGGAUUCAUUCAGCAUAGAAAACACCCAGGUUUCUGUUAGUUCAGCAAACAAUGCUGAAUUAUAAGAGAAAAUCCACAAAUACUAUUUCAAAGCAAAGCAAAAUUUCCAUUGUGAACAUCAAGCCCUAGGUGAAAUGUUCUGGGCAGGGGUGGGUGUCCUUGCCUGGGACAAGUAGCUGGCUUUGCUUCUUAUCAAUAGCAUCUGCAGUCAGUCCCUUCCCUGGCUGAACUCCUGAGCAUGGUUGGUGGCUCUGUGACUGUGGAUAAUUCUGGGAACAUGGUGUUUGCCAGCCAUGAAGGUACCUUGUUGUUUCUGGUUUUAAAAUAGGGUGUGAAGAAUCAUUGAAACAGGCUGCAGAAUCAUUGUCUUCCUUGGUACAGAAAGAAAUGUUUUCUGUUACAAAGUCAGCUUCAGCAGUGAUAUGACAGCUCUGAAUGUUUUUCUCUAAAACUGAUAGUUUUCUUCAUGUUUCCAAAGUGGAGGGCUGUGGGCAGGGCAAGCUGGAGAUGGUCUGCAGCCUAGUGACGAGCAAGAGCGAUGUGUGCAGUUCAUAAUUAAAAGAGCCCCUCGCCAAGUGCUGUCAUCUCCAUGAGCUCAUUUGAAUUGCACAAAUCUCCCUGACUCAGAGAAGCAAGGGCUUAUCAUCCCCACCUUACAGAUGAGAAAACUGAGACUCAGGCUAAGGAGAGCACACCUGAGCCUUAGAUACGAUCUUCUGAGCAAAUCUGCUGUUGCUUUCAAAUGCCUCCUCAGGACAAACUCCAGGAGGGAAAGGUGCUUGGUGUGAUCUCCCAAACAAAGAAUGAGUUUCUUGUUUGCCAGGUGGAAGGAGGCAACUCUGUCCUAAUACCAGGGCCUUCUGUUCAAAUGUAUUCCAGGCAUCUUGCAAUCCUCGAUCUAGAGGUAUGUUCAAAGCAAAACAAACCACAACUCCUCAGUGUCUGUUUUCUCUUUUUGAGACUGAGUUGCCCUUGUCUUGGUCCUAAGUGAUUCCAUCCUCAACAGUUCCCACAUGGCUGGUGAGGAACAAGGAUGGAGGACUCUGCUUUCCCACCAGCCAAACAGUCCUAAAACCUUUGCCAAAAGGGACUCAUUCUGAAGACUGUACUUGAGACUAAUUGUGUCUUAGAGGCAGUAAGUGAAGGAGUAGGAAGUGCUUAGUCUGGAAAAACGCAUCAUCUGGAGAUGCGAAAAUUGUAUUUACAUCCUUGAAGGGUUGUCACGGAAAAGAAGGUUCUGACAUGUGCAGGUGGCAUGACCAGUGGGUAAGAGCACUGUGGGAAUGGCUUUGAGUUGACACAAAGACCACUGCCCUUCCAGCACUGACAGGAGUGGUAGCUGGUGACCUCAUGAGGCGUGCACUUUGUGACACUGGAAGUGCAAGUGGAUAUUCUAAGACCAAUUACAGAAGGAAGUCAAGUAUCAGAUGAAACUCAAUUACCUGCGUCAUUCCUUUCAGGUUGGAUAUGCCUCGUGUCUCAGUCUUACGUGUGCUGUAAAUUAUUCACUACUGCUGCCCACACAGAAUAUCAGACUGGUCCUCAGGGGGAGAUGGGCUGGAGAAUAUGGGCUCCUAGCCCUGUGAGGUCCCAGGGUGUGGGCAAACAGACUUGACUGCUCUGUACCUUGGAAGAUGGCUUGUAAUGAGGAUAAGAGCCUAGAAAAGAGGUGCACAGUGAGUGGUCCUGGUUGUCACAUUGACAGCUGUGGAAUUCUAAUGUGUGCAUUUUCUUAGGAAGAGGUGUUUGAAAAUUUUGAGGAAAAGAAGAACAUGGAAGAGUGCAGAGCUUCCUGUGUUCAAUAUGCUUAUCUGACUAGGGCUUGGAGGAGAAAAAGACACAGUGACCUAAUCCAGAUCAUUUCAGAGGGUCCCCUGUGUGUGCACUCCAAGGUAAACAGCUCUUACCACAGAGAAAAACCCUGACUCUGGGCUCUCUUCAGUAAAUACGUAAUGAUUUGAGAAUGGAAAUAGGCCUGUGCCAUCUAUGUCCUUAUGUGCUCACAGAAGUGAACAUGUACCUGCUUGCAGAUGUGAUGACUGGAAAAGGUGAUUAUUUAUUCAGAGCUAUGUAUUUAGUUUAUGCUAUAGUAAAUUAUUCUAUAUAAAAGUGGCAAGUAAAAUCUAUAAUUCUGUUCUAAAAUCAGUCUCUCUCUUUUUCUGUAGUGGAGUCUUUCAUUCUAGCUAAUAAAAUGCUGUGGUCUACUCCAGUAAUGUUGAAUCAAAGCAACAUCUUUACAAAGUUGUUGUCAUUUCCUGACACUGCAGAUGCGAUUAUUCCCUGCUUUGUACACAGGGUGUUACAGUAUACAAAAUAUUUGUGUACUCAUUGUCUCAUUUAAACCUCAUAAUGAUCUUAGGAGAAAGGCAGGGCAAGAAUUGCUAUUCUCCUCCUUUUGAUGAGGUACCACACCCUCCAAAAGGCUUAGUGACUUUUCCAAAGCCACACAGCGGGUGAGUGGAGGAGCAGUAGCUAGAUUCAGAGGUGGGACCUCAACAUGCCGGUUCCCUGCUGUGUCACUCUCCCUUGUUGUUUGCCCUGGAUGACAUGUCUGUCACACUGAAAAAAAAGAAGGCAAGCAAGGCAACUAUCCAAUGGAUUGUCAUCACAAGUAUAAUUUCCUUCAGAAAGAGUUUUCAGUUUUCUUAUACGUUCUCUUGAACCUGACCGUCAGUCACAGAAGAAAUCAACCCCCACAGCUGAGAGAGUAGAAUCAUAAAACCAGAGUCCUAUGAGCCUAUUUCAUGUGAUCAAAUAAAGCUCUGGUUUCUGACUACAGUCUCCAGAAGCAGAAACCUAUAUUGCUGCUUGAAUUUUGCUCAACCCUUACUUUUUAGGGUCAUAUAGAGUCUCUCUUGGUUUGAACUAUGUUCACUUCUUUAGGCAUAAAAAUACUCGAAAACUGCUGCCGCACAAUAUUCUGUCUGCCCCUUGGUUUCCAUUAGACUUGUUAAA